AUCUAGCAUUAUGCGCUGCUAUUAAAAAGGCUAUUGAGUUGUGAGAGGCAAUCGCGGUCGAAAUAGUAGUCACAGUUAACAGUUUGGAACAGUAGAUUCAAUAUUACGUUAUGGCUAUGUCUUUCUUUACGAUUUUAAGAUCGAAAGAAAGAAGUGUCGUUAAAAGAGCGAAAAAUGUGAUCAUCGAUAAAAAUGGAGUGAACAAAUUAGCAGAGGAGGUAAUAGAUUUUAUGUUGUGUAAUCAGCAUUCUAUAGUAUUGGGUACUACUUUUAUACGACAAUUACCCGGACUUUAUCCUUCUUUCUUCGACAUCAGGAACGCUGAUUGGCUAUUUGUAUUGCAUACGUUAAAUUUUUCACUUUUGAUUCCAAACAGUAUUAGACAAUGGACAGUUAACAAGUAUACUGGGUUCUGGGCAUUGUGCUCGGCCAUUAAAAGAGCUAUUGAUGAUGGUAAAUCAAUUUGGGAUCCUAAUUAUUACAUGAAUAUUGGAUCAAUUGAGUUUGAAUAUAUUUUUCGAGGUGACGAUGAAAUUACCCUUCCAUAUUUAAAAGAAAGAUAUAUUAUCUUACAAAAUGUUGGAAAAACUUUAAAGAAGACAUAUAAUGGUUCCUUUAUAAAUUGCGUAAGAGCAUCUGGGUACAAUGCAAAUAAAUUGACAAAAAUGCUUUUUAAAUUUGACUCUUAUCAAGAUGAAGUAAUAUUUCAACAAAAAAGAAUUCGCCUAUAUACUAAGGCCAAGCUAUUGAUAAGUGAUCUACGAACUUACUUUCCAAUCAGUCCGGAAGAGCCAGUGAAGACGUCUACGUUGUUGAUUGAUUACAGUGCCUCUCAAGUUCUUCUUCAGUUUAAGGCUAUUCAUUAUACUGACCAUCUCCAUGCUCUUUUGAAAAAUGGUAUAUUGAUUUACGGUGAUAUAGAGGAAUUAGAAAUCCGCUGUUGCUUAAUUUAUGCAGUUCAAAUGGUGUACGAUGAAGUGCGAAGAAUAUAUGAGAAAUGUGUGAAACACACGAGUAUUCUAGAUACACUGGUAUCUCGAAUUUCAACUGUGGUUGAUAAUUACAUAUUCCAUUAUCAAAUAAUGCACAAUGCUCGAUUGAUGUACACAAUACCACUUUAUCAUAUUAGAACUACAAAUUAUUAGAAUAUUAUUUACAUCUCUGUGAGUUUGCAAGUAAUUGAUGGAUGCUAAACGGCAAUUAUUCUUUUUAUGGUUUUGCAAAAUGAUAAAUUUCUUAUUUCAU